UGCGGAGUGCAUUAAAAUCCUAUAACUGUGUUAGCUCGUGAGAGAGCGCGUCAGGGAGAAUAUGACGGUGAACCAAACUUUAGAAGAACUCACAUCACAAGCUGUGGCCAUCAGGCUACCGGUUCGAAUCUUUAUUGGAAUUGUGGCCGUUCUUGGAAUUAUCGGCAAUGGACAUGUGCUAUACCUGUAUUACACCCGCUAUAAAAGCUCCACCUACCGGUGGUUUGUUAUGUCCCUAGUCAUCAUUGAUCUGACCGGAUGUUGUGUUUCAAUGCCGUUUGAAAUCGUGGACGAAUCUUUACCGUAUUCAUUCAGUGAUCCAAUCUCGUGUAAGUUAUUCCGAUUUGUGAAUUAUUGUGUAGCAUUGUCUUGUGCCUUUACAUUAGUGCUAAUAGCAUCAGAACGAUACAGAAAAAUCUGUAAACCUUAUGGAAAUCAAAUGAGUGAAACACGAGCCAAGAAGUAUGUAUUAGCUGUUAUUGCCACAACAUUAGUUCUUUCUGCACCUGUUCUUUAUAUCUAUGGACCUAAAACAAUUGAAAUAAAUGAAAUUUAUGAAGGGAAGGAGUGCACGUGGGGAGACCACAUGGAGAACAACUCGACCUUUGGCUACGUGUACGCUGGCUUCUUAACUCUACUGAUUGUUGUAUGCAUGAUUUGUUUAACUGUUAUUUAUUCUAUCAUUGGUUACACACUGCAGAAACAUGAACGUCAAAUUCGAGCAAGGCUAGAUAAAAAUCACCGAAAUUCAGUGAAAUUAAAUCGUGCAUUCUGCUCCUCGAGUGACCUGCUCAAAACGAACUCUUACCAACAACAAAAUGCUCGUUUGUCUCACAGCUGCGAGGAAUUACCUGAUUCACCAAGAAUACAUCGUAAAAAGUUUAAUUUUCCUCAGAAAACAACAAUUAAAUUUUUGUUGGAAAGAGACACAGAAGCACAUGCUAAAUGUAAGAAACAACAAGACAAUUAUAACAGCGGGCAUGUUAAAGAAACUUGGAACGAAGGAUUGACGAAAAGUGAGGAAAAUGUAAACAGUUUAAACCACUCCAACGUAAAUACAAAAAAUGAUAGGAGUCAUUUGGCAAGUAAUUCUGGUGCUAAAUCCUCCCUUAAAAUCAAACAGGCUGCCGCACGAGUUCCUGGAGUAAGAAGGAACUUUAACUUAAAAACUCUUGGUAAGAAUUUUCCAGUAGAGAGGAAAGAGAAGAAAAUAACGAAAGUCCUUGUUGCCAUUACACUACUAUUUAUUGCCAGUUUUCUUCCAUAUGUUAUCGUGGUCAUUGUAUUUUUUAUAAACCCUGAAUACGAAAACAACAUGACGUCAUCACAACUUGUGCUCUAUCUCAUCGGAUUCAGAUUAUAUAACAUCAACAAUAUGGCGAAUCCAAUAUUUUAUUUCUUAUUUGACUCCAAAUUUCGUGAAGAACUUUUAUCUAUGUAUCGGUCUCUCUGUAGAAAAAGGAGAACUCAGUCCAUGUAAAUAGUGUUAACUACUUACUAUUAAGUAAAGCGUGCUUCAAUAUUGGUUAAAAUUAAGAAAAAGUAAUAAUUGUAUAUUGAGUGCAUGUUAUCAAGAUAUGGUAGAGAACAAAGAUCUCUGGAUUCUGAGUAUAACAAAUGAAGUGUACACUCUGGGUUUGGCUGACUUGUACCGUAGUAAUAAAAAAAGAUAGUAUUAUUUUAGACAUAACAUACAAAAGAAUGUGUGAUGUUUUUAAACAGAAAGUUAUAUCUGAUAUAUGUACAUCACCAAAAUGCAUGUUAUACUAUUAUAUAAGCAUUUAGUUGACUAUUUUUGUUUGCAAGGUUAUUUAAAGAAACCUAUUCAUGUAAAAUACAGAAAAACAAUUACAUGUUUUAGACUUUCAGCACAUAAUUUAAAGAUAUAAACUGGAAGGUAUGACAACUUAAUAAGGAGUAAUAGGAAAUGUGAUUUAUGUAAUUUAAAUGAUAUUGAGGAUGAAUUUCAUUUUUUAUUCAUUUGUCCAGUUUUUCAAUAUUUAAAAGAGAGACAAGUUUAUCAAACAUCACUACUCCCGAAGACCAAGUGUCUUUAAACUAAUACAACUAUUGUGUUGUACAAAUACCAAACAUGUAAAUCAGUUAAGGAAAUAUAUACAUGUAUAUCAUGCUAAUAAAUAACGAUUAGAAUGUUUAAAACAAUUUGCUAAAUAAUAGCAUUUAAGUAUCACAAGAUUUUAAGUGUAUAACAUGUUAUUGUACUAUGUAAUUGAUAAAUAUGUAAUACUGUAUUAUAAUGCUUAUGGGAUGUAGGUCCAACGGAAUAAAGAACUGAACUGAAUGUAUGAUAUGAAUUAUCUUACUGUGAUAUUUAUGUUAGA